ACGUGAUUGCGAGGUUACGCGCAGAUUUUGCUGCAGCGGGAAAAAUUAUGUAUUUCUUUUCUGAUCAUCAUUGUAAUAAAAUGGAGGUAGAAAUAAGUUUCAACCAAGAAAAGGGCUCACCACAGCCUUCAAGUUCUUCGGGAGGAUCAAGUACACACAGAGAAUCUUGCAAAAGAACUCCGAGGUCAUGGAAGGAGAAGUUCAGAAAGGCAUGCAUUCAUAGAUUGAGGCAAAACAGGCAUACACUGGUUGAAAAGCUUAGAAAAUGUAACAUCGAGGUAAACCAAUCUCCAGACAUAACAAGUAAAAAGUUUAUUGAAGAUCUAAUGCAAGAUGAAUGGAUGGAUAUCAAGGCAAAUCAAGACAGUCCAGAUAUACAGUGUGCUUGUUGUUCACAAAAGUAUCCAGAAGACCCUGAAGAUAGUAUUGAUCGGAUAUUUGAAGUUAUGAAUGAAAUAAGAGAAGAAUUGAUGAAAGAAGAAAGACUGAUUUUACAAGAAUUUAAUGAGCUAGAAAAUUUUGAUGAAAAAUAUCUUUGUGCUGCUAUUGAAUGCUUGGAUAGAGACUAUGUUAUCUGUCCAGUUUGCAAACGGCAUCAGUUGUUGCAGAGUAGACAGGUCUUCUUCUGUUCCUGUGGUGUUCGCAUAGACACAGGGUAUGAUGCAAUUACGCUGAGCUAUGUUCGAAAUCAAAUCGAGGCAACAACCCAAGAACAUGGGUCAAGAUGCAACAGCGAAGCAGUAUUUUCUGUGCUAAAGAUUGAAGAACUGGAUUUGCACAACCUAGUACUACAAUGCCAGUUGUGUGGUUUCAUGUCUAUUGUUGUCUAAAGAUCUGUUCGUUCUGCAAUGCAUUUAUUCAAGUGACGUUAAAUCUUCAGUACAAAUGAAACUUUUAAUGGUAUGGGAAUGCAGCGUGUACCACGUUUGCGUGGCCGUAGCUCGAAGUACUUUGUCAUCAUGUUCACAGUGCAAAAACGUUGCCAAAGUAUUAUAACAUUGUUCUAUUGUACAUGUAUGCUUGUUUUAUGAAAAUUGAUCUGUACAUUAAAUAAUAAAAAUUGUUAAUUAAAUAGAUGCUGUUGUGGUUUCGUGAACACAGGGGUUUCGUGAGAGUUUCCAGUUAAAUGUAUAUUAUUUUGUCCUCUGGGUACCAGAGCCACAUAAAUUCAAGAGGAAACAGGACAUAGGAUUGGAGAAGCGUAGCCGCUCCUCCGCUUCUCUGUUUGGCAUUCUGUUUACAUGCUCGAAAUUUUGUGGCUCUGGUACCCAGGGUAAUUAUUUUGUAGAAAAAGAAAAUCUUUAGAAUGCAAUACGCUUCUAGGUUUUGAGCUACAUUGCCCACCAAAGUAUUGAUACCAUACGCCAAAUAUUUGUUUAUAUUGGUUCCCAUGUCUAUUAAAUACUUUUUAGGCAAAAAUUGUAUUUAUGCCCUUCAAUUUCUGGGAGAAUAUUUCGUUCGAAAUAGUUUAUUGAUAUAGCUGUUUAAAAAGAGCUUUUUGAUAACCCACUGUUUAUGAAAAAUUCCUGUCUCAAAUUUUAAUGACAUUUUAUUGUACGCUUUCGUGUUAAAACUUGUAAAAACUAAUAGAAAAUGUAAAUUUUCAAUUUCAGUGUCUUUCUUCUUUGCUUUUUUCUUUGAUAUAGUUUGUUUUGUUGUAUAUUUAAGUAAUUAUGUUAAUAUUAAAAUUGAGCAGAUGUACACUGAAUGUAUUCUUGCUUGAAGCAAUCUUGGUGGGAAUUGUUGCCCUUGUCAAUACACCACCUGCAGGCCAGCGUUUUGCUUGUUUGGAGGAGAUGAAAAUACCCCUGUCUUCUCGACGAAACUGAAAUGUUUUGAUAGUUACUCGUUAAGAGGGUCCAUAAGAUCUAUCCUCUAUUUCCCCUUCAUAUUCUUAAUAUUUUUGUUAAUCCUUCCUCCUUGACUAAAUUUUUAUUACACUGGCAAACCAAGCUUAUAAAAGACCAUCCUAAACUCUUUUCAUAAAAUUUUUUAGUGAAAAUGUUAAAAUUUGUCACAGCUUUUUCCUGUUUCAAGAG